CAUAUUCAAGAGUCAAUAGCGUCGCGAGCGCCGUCGGGAGGAGCUGCUCCCUGAACUCUGUCCGUGCUGCGGUCCGCCGGCCCAGUCCCGGCGCCUCCGGCCCGUCGUCCCGUCGGCGCAGCGCGCCCGGCGGAGCCCAGAUGGUGGAACCGCGCUGUGCUCGGCUGCGCCUUCCUCCCGGCACGCAGGCCCUGGCGGCACCGGCCUCGCCCCCCGACCUCGGAUCGCCUCCUCGCGCCGGCUGGGCCCCCGGCGCCGCACUCGCCGCUUCGCGGCUCUCCCGCGGCGGGCGGAGGGCGGCGAUCGGCCCGGACUUGGAGCGUCCGCCCCGGCCUGACCUGCGCUCGUCCAGCUGUGCCUCCUCUAGCCUGGCGCCGUCGGACCUGCGGCGAAACAUCCAGAGCGCGCCCCGCUUCAGGGGUGAAGGCGACAGCGACGGCUCUGCGGGCCGGAAGGUCCCAGGAAAGUGCAAACCCUUGAAGACCGAGACUCUAGAAGGGAGGCAUUCACGAUGGCUUAUUCCCUACCCUGCAAGUUCAGAUAUGGAGUCUGGAGAACGGUUACCAUCCUCAACAGCAUCUUCCACAACACCCACUUCAUCUACCAUACCUUCUGUGGCCUCUUCAGUUUCAACAGGGCGCCUUUUCCACAGGAGCUGCUUCACUGAGCUCUACAAUCAACCCAUGUGGCUAUACUUUGGAUUCACUCUCACUUCCAAGUUGCUCAUCACUUGUGUCCUCCUCCUCAGUUCUCCGAUUUUUCCAUUCGCAAUAAACUUUCAGCAGGAUAAAAAUCAAUACACCAAGAAACGGAAUGAGUAAGGAGGACAGAUUAGGUAAGUUGUCAAUACUUCCACCAGGCCAUGCAUCUUGAGCAUGUUGGCAAUUUGGAGGUAAAUAUGUGGGGUUACAGUGACAGUGUUUUUUAUUAUUGCAUACACCAUGAGAAUUGCAUUUUUCUGCAGUAUAGUCAUAGCCCAGGAAUCCAACAUCUACACAUUCCUUAUUCCUGCAAGCCUUAUUUGAAUCACAAACAGUUCCAUCUCUCACCCACAUUUUUGUGCUGUCUUUAUCAUUAUAUGGAAACUCCAUUGCGACACAGCGAUGUCCACUCACGUUGAUAUAAGUAGCAGAGGCAUUUGGAAUAGUAAUUGUGUGCUCGAUUGUAUAUUCACAUAUUAAUUUUCCACACUUCAGAUCCUUAGAUUUACACUUAGUGUAUUCUGAAGCGCUUGAGCCACAGUUCCCAGAUUCAUCAGUUUCAGUGUUAAUUUGAUUAUAGCACUCUGGAGGACCAAAAGUUGAACCUUCACCAAAUGUAUCCUGGCAUUGUGUUGUGCUACUGACACAGAGGCCACUGACACAGAGCCACUGAUUCUCUCCACACGGAUGGCCAUCCCGAACAAAAAGGUUUGCUGGACAUGAUGCAGAGGAUCCGUUGUAGUAUUCAGGGAGAUCACCUUCACCAGAGGCAGACCUACAUUCUUUUCCUUUCUGUGCGUAUUGACAGCCUGUACAGCAUGGUCCUGAGGCACAGACUGAACCGACUGUCAGUGUACACGUCUUGGAAUCACAGCACGAGGCUGGCAAAGAAGCACACUCCUCCUCACUCCCACAGUCACAUUGCUCUCAUUGUUCUACUUCCCUGUUGCCACAGAUGGCAGCUUUGUAUGAUGGAUCUGAGCGUGGCUGAUUUCGAAGACACCGGGAACUUGGCUUUGAAAUAAAAUGUGCAAAAUCCUCCAUGCUGCAGUUACUAAAGCUCUUCACACCAGUGGAAUGAAUCGCUUCUGGGUUCAUUGUGCAGGUAGCUCAUGAGCACUGGCAUUUGUUAAUGUCAUCAUAAGCUAUUCCCAUACCGACGCUCAGUAGUUGAGCCAUAAUAACUGCAAGUGAUUCCAGAUUUAAGCUUCCGGGAUACAGAGCAACACCUCCUCCAUACUGAUUGUCACACAUCUUCCCUUGAAAGGUUGCACCAACACACUUGGAUUUUUCUCUGUAAACAAGUAAAAAUGCUACAUUGUGUGAACGCAAAACAAGAUAUGAUCUUUCCCAUUUUAA